AUGCGUCAAUCAAUUGCCAUUAUUUCUCUGCUGUCCGGCGCCGUCAUGGCUGCUGACACCAUUCCAUUCUACUUUCCUGGUGGAUCCGAGGGUGCUGACCCUGUCGCGGUUAUCAAAAAAGUCGAGCCAUCCACCACCGAAUUCAGCAUUGCAUGCCCCACGGGUGUCGACUCCGACGAGUGCGGCUGGGGACCCGGUCUCGACUACACCAUCAUCUCCAACACGCACUACCAAGCGUACAUGUCCGCCGCAUCCGUUUCGAUGAGCUUCGCUUGCGACCACAACACACAGGCUAGCGAGAUGACCUGCACGGUCGCUAUGACUGGAGGAGAUAUGGACCUCGGAGGCCCUCAGACUGCGGUGCUCAAGGGCGAUGAAAUCAGCUUCAACCAAGCAACGAUCGUUGGUGGAGCUAGCUUGUUGAGCAAUUCUCCUGCUCAGGCAACUCCCGCUGCUGGUGCUUCUGGAUCUGCUUCUGCCCAGGCUACUCCUACUGCGAGUGCUGGGUCCAGUCUAAUGACUGCUGCCUCCAGCGCUGUCGCUACCGGCUCGGCUGUUCGCAGCUCAAUGGGCAACACGACGCACUCUGCCACUGGAUCUGCUGCUCCUGCUGAGCACACUGGUGCUGCCAGCAAGUUCAUAUUCCAGGCACCCGCUCUGCUUGCCAUUGUUGGUGCUGUCGCGGCAGCCUUGUAG